GACCCCGCACGGUACUUCAGGAACUCCCUGCUCACCUUCACACACAUGAAGGAGUUCGUAAACAGAGCUGGAACAGCCUUUCCAGACUGCAGGGAGUGAACCGGGGCAGGCUGGGGAAAUGUCUCGGCAGCCGGUGUUCCUGAGCGACGGUGUGGUGGCCGGACUGCUCCGCUAUGAGGAGCUGAUACCGCGGCUGGAGGAGGCUCUGGGGAAGUUCUCGCUCCGCCGGAGCUCUGAGCUCCUGCAGCCGGUCAGAUCAGUGAUGCCCUUACAGAACCACAGCGGGUUCCUGGGGCUGAUGCCUUCUUACAUGCCGAAUGAAGGCAUUCUGUGUACGAAGAUGUUGACCUUCUACAGGCGUGAAGCUGGAUCUAGUUUACCAUCAACUCAGGCCAGUGUGCUGCUCUUUGACCCUGAGUAUGGAAACGUUACAGCGGUUAUGGAUGGAUUAGACAUCACGCAUAAGAGGACAGCGGCUGUAUCAGCCAUAUCUGCUAAACUUUUAAAGCCAGCUCAGUUAGACAUACUGUGCAUCCUAGGCUCUGGACACCAGGCUCUGAGCCAUUAUGAAGUCUUCACACUGCUCUUUUCAUUUAAAGAGGUCCGUGUGUGGAGCAGGAGAAUGGAGUCGGCAACACGAUUUGCUGCCAGUGUCAAGGGUCCCGUCACAGUGUGUUCAUCUGUUAAAGAAGCCGUUAAUGGAGCCGACGUAAUCAUCACUGUCACCAGCUCAAGUGAACCUGUACUUUUUGGGAACUGGGUUAAGCCUGGUGCUCAUGUUGCAGCGGUGGGGGCAUGCCGACCGAACUGGAGGGAACUGGAUGACGAUUUGAUGAGAGACGCUGUGAUCUAUGUGGACAGCAGAGAAGGAGCUGACACAGAGUCUGGCGACAUUAUUCUGUCUGGGGCUAAAGUUUUUGCAGAAAUUGGGGAGGUUAUAAAUGGAACAGCGCCUGCCUUCUGUGAGAAGACGACCGUGUUUAAAUCUCUGGGCAUGGGGAUACAAGAUGCGGUAUCAGCUAAACUUGUUUUCGACAAGUGGAAGAGCCAGCAGUGAAGAAGACACUAUUCACAUCUGAAGAUGAAUCACUUGCCUUUCUUUUGUAGUUAUAUUCUCCUGAGAAUGAACUUUGACUUCUAUAAUAGAAGAGAAUGAAACAUAACUGGAUAAUCAUUAACCAGCCCAUACGACUGACUACAAUAAUGAGCACUCAUGCUUGAGACUGAAGAUCAGUAUUGUUUAACACUUUUAUAGUACCUCAAAUCACUUAAAGGACUUAAGAGACAUGGGAUACGAAAGAACAUUUAACUACAGGUAAAAUGUUACUAUAGGUAAUGGUUAAUACACAAUACUGUUAAAUAGUUAAAACAGUUAAAGCUGAUACAGUCACAGAGUAAGAUGAGAUUUAUUUUUGUAAAAAUUGCAUUGGGAAACAAACUUGAUUACUUCAUUAUUUAUCCACCUACAGAAUAGACUUCAAAUGUGUUCUGUGAGUAUUAUUUCCAUUUCAUUUGAUGAUCUGAGAUUCUUGGCUGCUUAACUGAUGGACACAUUUCUUACUCCCUAAAUAUAUGCAGUGUUGAUUUGCCUCUGAUUUUAUAGGAUUAUAGAGGAUAUUGCUGUAAUCAAAUGAAGUACAGUCUUUGUACAAUACUGUGGUAGAUUAAUAAAAACUUCUAACUCUGAUAAUGGCUCUCUGACUAAAUAUAUGAUGACAUGAGCCAAAUUUGUGCCCAGACAGCAGUAAAACAACAAAUAUGUGUUUUGCUGGCUUAAUAUUGGUAAAGCAAGUGCCUGACCACACAUACUAAAUUCAAAACAAACACAAAAUUAAUAACUGUCAGAAACUACUGUACUGUCCAUGUAAGUGUCUUUCUUCAAGAGUUCUAGGAAUUAGUUGUUGCCUAAGGGUUUCAAGUUUAGUGUGCCCUUUUUAAAGUAAAAGCCAUUACAGGUAGGUUUAGGUUUUGGCAAUUCUUCAUUUUCUAUGAAAAAAAAAAGAAGAAAAAAAAGAA